ACUUUCCCGUUCUUUGAAGUGACUUUCUGCUUUGGCUUUCUCUUUCUUUCACGUUCUCUUCCACCGUCCCUGUGCGUGUGAAAGGUAUCGCCGGCGGUGACGUCGGAGACUCAGCGGAGGACCGGAGACUGUACGGAAGGGCGUCCUUGAGGAAGAUGAAGAUCUUCGUGAAGACUCUCAAGGGUACUCACUUCGAGAUCGAAGUGAAACCCGAAGAAACAGUUGCUGGUGUCAAGAAAAGUAUAGAGACACUGCAGGGUUCUGAUGUUUACCCUGCCUCACAACAGAUGCUUAUUCAUCAGGGGAAAGUUCUGCAGGACGCCACAACUCUGGAAGAAAAUAAAGUUGCUGAGAAUAGUUUUGUUGUCGUCAUGUUGACCAAGAAUAAGGUCUCAUCAAGCGGAGCCUCAAGUACAACAGCUGCUCCCACAAGCCAGGCCAAACCUGCAAGUUCUUCGCCUCCUACCUCGACACAACCAACACCAACAUCUCAACCUCCUCCCCCAACUGCACCAACUCCAACAUCUCAACCUCCUCCCUCAACUGUAGCUCUGCCCCAGUCUUCCCCUGAGCCCACUACUGUUGCAGUCCCUCUUGCUUCUUCAGAAUCAGAUGUCUAUGGCCAAGCAGCAUCAAAUCUUGUUGCAGGAACUAAUUUAGAGGCUACUGUUCAGCAGAUUCUAGACAUGGGUGGGGGGAGCUGGGACCGGGACACCGUUAUACGUGCUUUACGUGCUGCCUUUAAUAACCCUGAAAGAGCUGUUGAAUAUCUGUAUUCUGGCAUUCCUGAGCAAGCAGAUGUUCCGCCAGUUGCUCGAGCUCCUUCUAGUGGGCAGGCAGUAAACCCUCCAGCCCAGGCUCCACUGCCAGCAGCGCCUGCUAGUGGGCCCAAUUCAAACCCCCUAAAUCUGUUUCCACAGGGCCUUCCUACUAUGGGUUCAAAUGCCGGUGCAGGCACCUUGGAUUUCUUGCGUGACAGUCAACAGUUCCAAGUUUUGCGAGCUAUGGUGCAAGCAAACCCCCAAAUAUUGCAGCCUAUGCUUCAGGAGCUAGGAAAGCAAAAUCCACACCUAAUGCGCCUGAUUCAAGAGCAUCAGGCUGACUUCUUACGCCUGAUAAAUGAACCUGUUGAAGGGGAAGGGAACCUACUGGGUCAGGGGGCUUCAGCAAUGCCGCAGUCUGUGACUGUCACCCCUGAGGAGCGUCAGGCCAUUGAACGUCUUGAAGCAAUGGGCUUUGAUCGAGCCCUAGUAUUGGAGGUCUUCUUUGCAUGCAACAAGAACGAGGAGCUGGCAGCCAACUAUCUUUUAGAUCACAUGCAUGAGUUUGAGGACUGAUCAAAAGUGGUCGUUAUUUUAUAUUUCUCCUAAUCUUUUUAUGUCAGACUUCUCUGCCUUGUUGGUUGGACAUUGUUUUAUCUUUCGAUGUCUAUUCCACUUAUUUGUCCUGUGGAGUCUUUGGAGCAGAGACGCUGUCAAGAUGUUCAUGUCCCUCUUUUCAUCCUUUGAAUUCCAUAGCAUUGCCAAAUAUCUUAUUAAUAUAUUCAUUUCCAUAUUACAUAA